AAUGUAAUUAAAAUAGCAGAGUCUAUUCAGCAUAAACAAACAUUUGCAAAAACCUGUCAACGUCAAGUUGUCAACUUUGAUGAAGUGAUAAGCAAGAGUAUAUACUUGUGUAGCGAGUCCGUUAUCUGCAAUGCUCUUUCAAACUAGCCGAUACUCGCACGCAAUGUCUCCCGGCCCGCGGCUCGCUCGCUCUUAACACCAGGACAUGGAGUCGGUGGCGGCGAUCAACCUGGAGGAAGGGGUGUCGCACCUGCGCUCCUUGAAGGGCCUGCAGCCGUUCCGUUUCGGCGUGGUGAGCUGCAACUUCCUGUACCACUGCGCCAUCAUCACGGUGGCGCUGGUGAUCGUGGUGGUGCUGGCGCUCGAGUGCAAGGACUACGUGCGCUCGCUGCUGCUGUGGCUGGAAGGCCAGCAGCACUGGGUCACGUGCUCGCUGUUCCUCGUGCUGUUCACGCUGGUCGCGUUUCCCUUCCUCUGGGGCUACACGUUCCUGCUCGUGUCGUCGGGCUACCUGUUCGGCGUGUUGCGCGGCCUGCCCACCGUCGUGGUGACGGCUAACCUCGGCGUGGCCAUCGCGCACUCGGCCAUGCGCGCGUUCGGCGCCAGCCUGCCCGUGGCGCGCCUCGCCGCCAACAGCAAGGUGAGCGCCGUGCUGGCCGUCAUCUCGGACCCGCGCGCCUUCAAGGUGGCGGUGUGCGCGCGCCUCGUGCCCAUCCCCUUCGGGCUGCAGAACGCAGUGUUCGCGCUGAGCAGCAUCGGCACGAAGCCCUACCUGGUGGCCUCCUUCCUGGGCCUCUUGCCGGCGCAGGUGAUCAACGUGUACCUGGGCAGCACGCUGCGCUCCAUGGAGGAGGUGCUGAGCAACAAGGCCAACGCCAUCACGGGCGCCGUCGUGUUCCUCCAGAUUGCAGCGGGAGUGUCCCUCAUGAUGUACGUGGCGAUGAAGGCGCGGAUAGAGCUGCGCAAGGCCCUGAACGAAGACGUGUCAUCUGCCAUCGCCAAGCCUCUGUGUGAAGUGUGAAUACAAGCACGUGCGGCACCUGGGCCAGACAACCGUCCAGGCCCCCUCACCUAGCAGGGCCCCAUGCUUAGCAGGGCCCAGUGACAAGCUGGGCUCCGAGACUAGCUGGGCUCCGCGACUUUCAGUACCUUUUAUUUUUGUAAAAAUUUGUGGUAUUAUUGUGAAAAAGGAAGGAUAAAAUUUUUACUAGCAUGUAAUUGAAAGUGCUUGUCAACACAUUUUGUUUUGAAAUGAGUUUUCGUGAUUUCAUGUAGGAAAAACUUUCAUAUAUUGCCAUGAUUUCGUCGUAAUUGUAUUGUAAUAAUUUUUAUAAAACCAAUCAAAAGUUUAUUUACUGAUGUUGGUUGAGGAAGGGAUAUAAAAAUUGUCUGAAGCCAAAUCGGCUAAACCAUUGUUGAAAUUUAUUGGCUUAAACACAUGUUGUUUUAAGAUUUUAUUUUUUAUAUUUUCUAGGGCGUGGUCCCUGUUCAAGCUCCUCUCGAGAACAUCAGGACCUGCACAAGUGCAUGGUCUAGGGCCCCACUGUUAAGUUCCAACUAUACCCGCCCAUAUCUGAGAUGACAAAGGACACCCUACCUUUAGGGCGUCAGAUAGGAAUUGGUUGAAGCCUACUGCUGUAUUUAGUACCUACUAUAUGUGUCUAAAUGAUUUAACAGUAAGUUAUUUUAGUUUUUCAAAUGAAUUUCAUGAAAGUUAUAUAAUUUGUAGUUCUGAAGAAGAGCCUCUUUUCUGAAGGGAAAAAAAACCUUAAAUAUUUAUUAACUUUCUUUUUAAACUUCCUGACAUGUUUCCCAGUAAUUUUUUAUAAGUGUAUGUGAUACUUUAAGUAGUUUACCUCUUUAAUGUGUGGUUGGGAUAAGUAUAUGUACUAAAAAUACUGUGAUAUCGUGAAAAGGGUCAGCUGGAUUUGUUUAGCUAUAUUGAUAAUACUUAAAAAUAAUGUGGAUUGUUAGUUGGUUAAGUUUGCUCAAUUGAAAAUAGUACUUUAAAGUAAUGUUAAUGAUUGGUUAGGAUUGGUUAUUUACAUAAAAAGAAAAGAACAUUAAAAUCAUUACGAAUUACCAAUUGAAAAUAUCCCUAAGUAACUUCCUAACCAACCAUCCUUAGAAGUUUAAAGUUUUUUUUUUUAAUGUUGCUAAGAUGCUAACUGAACCAAAUGUUAACACCAUUUCACAGUAGUUUUUUAUGUAGCAACCUAACCACCUGUUCACACAAUUUCACAUUCUUUUAAUGUAUCCACCCUAACCACUAAUUGAUUUGGUAAAACUACUUUAAGUUUCAAAGUGCCCUCCAAGAUAAUAAUUUUAAAGGAUGUUAGAAAGUAAAGUAAAGUUUAAAAAAAAAAACAUUUUAGUAUUUUUUUUAUUUUUAUGAAAUUAUUAUUGUUAUUAUUAUUUUUUCUUUCAAAAUUACCAAAACUUGUCAAGUUGCAAUUCAUAGAGUACAUAUAUAUUACAAAUUUUAAGGGAGUGAAAGGCAAAGAUGAACAUUUGAUACAGAAUUUUAUAACUAACGUAAGUUUUUUACACAGAUUUUUACAUCUUUUUAUGUUGUAAGUACUGAUUUUUUGCAUAGCUUUUGCCUUAUUUUAACACCACUUUUGGUCAAUUUUAUUUACCAUUUUCUGGGUGUCUAACUAUGGUUUAAACAUAUUUUAAAUAUAUUAAUUUGCACUGUUGUUGCUUGCUGCCCCAUUGAAAUAAACGUAUGUAUAAAUUAAUUUUUUUUCACAAGUAAAGAGAAAGUAUUAUUCCUUUACCAUAAACUCAUUAUUGUUUUAUCAGCUAGCAAGUUCAUUCAAAUUCCCAAGGAAAUAUUCCAAUUCCUAAUUUACAGCUUAUUUAAAGAAAACAGGAAAAAAAAAUUGUUGCUAAGCACACAAAAGUUGUACUAUAUGUAUAAGGAUUUAAAAAAAGUCUCUAUAACCAAGUAAUUUAUUUAUUUUAUUUAUAGUAUAAAUACUUCCAUUGAAAUGAUGAGUAAAAAUUGUUAUUAAAAGUUUAAGCAGAUGUAGAUGUUUCUCUAGCAUAUAAUUUUUUUUUGUGCACAUUGAUCUGACUGCUAUGAGGCAAAGUUGCUUUUUAUUUAUUUUCUCAAUAUAUUUUUUAUAAUUUGUUUCAAAAUGUUUCUCUAUCAUAUAAAUUUUUUGUGCAUAUUUAUCUGUUUGCUAUGAACAGGCACGUAGGAAGCAAAUAUUUAAUGGGGGGGCAAAGGAGAGUAUCAUUAUAAGUGGUGGAUUUAACAAAGGGGGUGUCCGGGGGCUCUCCCCCGGUAGAAAAAAAAUUGUAUUCUAAGCAGCAAAAUGGUGCUAUUUAAGCAUCUUUCGUACAUAAAAAUAGAAUGUACUACUAGCAGAAAUUUUAACUUUUUUUUAUAAUAAAUUUACUUAAGGCUUGGCAUCACAAAACAGUGUUCACUUUUCAGUUUUCGCCUCGUAGAAUUCAUUUUAAAGGCAAUUUGUUGAAUUUUCCCACUGCACAGAGUACAUAAAUUACAAGCACCUUCAAAUUUAGUCCCCAGGUAUUAUCAAGUUAUCUAGAGCUGUAGAAAAGGCAAAGAUGUAUUUAUAAUUAAAAAUAUGUUUGACUAAUUGCAUCAUUAUUACAUGACGGUGGUUGAAGAUUAAUAUUUGUAGCGUGAGGUAAUAUAUUUUGCUAACUAUCUAUAGUUAUAGUUACAAGGAAAGGUCUAUACAUCAACCAAAUCUGAAUUAAGGCUCCAAAGUUUUGAAAAUUUACUAUUCGUUCUGUUUUUUAUUGAAAGGAGUACUAGAAAGUAUUUACACUGUAUUCAGAAAGGUCAAAAUAUUUUUUUUAGCAUUUAAAAUUAAAAAAAGUCACAAAAAUAAAUUUUUCGAUAAAUGCAGUUCAACUUUAAAAAAAUAAAAAAUAAAAAGAUGGAAGAAAGCUUUUUGCAAUAACACUCAUAUCAUUUUAUUCAGGAAAGUCGAAAUUUUAUUUUGGUAUUAAAAAUUAAAAAAAAUCAAUAUACGUAUUAUUUUUUUUACUGUCAUACUCCCCUUAAGAAUAAGUUUAAAAUGCGAACCCCACAGAAUAGGCGAGUGAAGAUGCUUAAAAAUAACUAGUCCAUUGAAAAGUUACAUUUGGAGUUGCGUUUUUUAGAGGACGCAAUUUUAUUUUUUUGAUGUGUAGGGGGGUCAGUGUAAAGCUAAAACCAAGUUUGUGGGGUCGCCACCCUUGUCCCACGGCCGCCAUCUUGAAAAUAGGGGUUGAAAUGGUUUUUACUAUAUAUCUCUUAAACUAUUUAUUUUAUAAAAAAAAAGUUAACAUUUUUUGUUGCAAAUUAAAUUCUCUACAACUUUGGUCCAGUAACUUUUUGUCAUAGAACUAUAAA